AUGACAGCACACCAAAAUGGCAGCAUCUCCACUGAGUUUUCAGACUUCCUUCUGAACUGUUUUGUCAGGUCCCCCAGCUGGCAGCUCUGGCUGUCCCUGCCCCUCAGUCUCCUCUUCCUACUGGCCAUGGGGGUCAACACCACCCUCCUGAUCACCAUCCGGCUGGAGGCCUCUCUGCAUGAGCCCAUGUACUACCUGCUCAGCCUGCUCUCCCUGCUGGACAUGGCGCUCUGCCUCACUGUCAUCCCCAAGGUCCUGGCCAUCUUUUGGUUUGAUCUCAGGUCUAUCAGCUUCUUUGCCUGCUUCCUCCAGAUGUUUACCAUGAAUACUAUUUUUGCCAUGGAGUCCUGCACAUUCAUGGUCAUGGCCUAUGACCGCUAUGUGGCCAUUUGCCAUCCUCUGUCAUAUCUGUCCAUCAUUACUGUCCAAUUUGUAGUCAAAGCAGCCAUUUUUAUUUCGGCCAGAAGCAUCUUCUUGACAGUACCCAUCCCCAUUCUUUCGGGACGUCUCCAUUAUUGUUGGGAAAAUGUCAUUGAGAACUGCCUCUGUGCCAAUAUGUCUGUCUCCAGGCUCUCCUGUGGUGAUAUUAUCAUCAAUUGUCUCUACCAAUUUGCUUGUGGAUGGACUCUGCUGGGACUGGACCUCAUCCUCAUCUUCCUCUCCUACACCCUCAUUCUAAGGGCUGUUCUGAGACUCAAGUCAGAGGGAGCUGUGGCCAAGGCCCUAAGCACAUGUGGCUCCCACUUCAUCCUGAUCCUCUUCUUCAGCGCUGUCCUUCCUUUUGUCUUCACGCUUGUGGUAGAAAAGAAAGUGUCCUCUGAUGUGCCCGUCUUGCUCAAUAUCCUCCACCACAUCAUCCCUCCAGCCCUCAACCCCAUUGUCUAUGGGGUGCGAACCCAAGAGAUCAAGCAAGGAAUCCAGAGAUUACUGAAAAAAGGUUGGUAA